AUGAGUUUUGUUCAUGUUCAGAAUCACGGUGGAAGUCUGCCUGAGCCAGGUGAGGAGAACAAGGAACAAGCUCCCAAUGUCGCCCGUAACAAGGAGGCCAAACAAGACACCACCCUUGGGAACAAUGUGGCGUCCAAUGCCGUGGAUGACAAUCUGAAUCAGCGUAUGAAUGCAGGCGGGUGUUCCCACACAAGGCCUUCGCUGACAUCCACGGUAACGUGGUGGCAGGUGGACUUGGGCGGCGUGUACAACAUCACCACGGUGCAGAUUUCCAACAGAAAGGAUUGUUGUGGAUUUAGACUUGCAAACUUCAGUGUGACAGUGCACACCGUGGACCCUGAGACAAGCGACGCACACGACCUGUGUCUGUAUCAUCUAGGUCGCUUUGGAAACGGAACGACGAGGGAUCUACGUGACAACAGCAACCACGGAAAUAACAACGACCGUAACACCAACAUCAAGUGCAACAACCGCCACCGCAGAAAUAACAACGACCGUAACACCAACAUCAAGUGCAACAACCGCCACCGCAGAAAUAACAACGACCAUAACACCAACAUCAAGUGCAACAACCGCCACCGCAGAAAUAACAACGACCAUAACACCAACAUCAAGUGCAACAACCGCCACCGCAGAAAUAACAACGGCCGUAACACCAUUCUCAAGUGCAACAACCGCCACCGCAGAAAUAACAACGACCAUAACACCAACCUCAAGUGCAACAACCGCCAUCACAGAAAUAACAACGACCGUAACACCAACAUCAAGUGCAACAACCGCCACCGCAGAAAUAACAACGACCAUAACACCAACAUCAAGUGCAACAACCGCCACCGCAGAAAUAACAACGACCGUCACACCAUUCUCAAGUGCAACAACCGCCACCGCAGAAAUAACAACUACCGUAACACCAACCUCAAGUGCAACAACCGCCAUCACAGAAAUAACAACGACCGUAACACCAACAUCAAGUGCAACAACCGCCACCGCAGAAAUAACAACGACCAUAACACCAACAUCAAGUGCAACAACCGCCACCGCAGAAAUAACAAUGACCAUAACACCAACAUCAAGUGCAACAACCGCCACCGCAGAAAUAACAACGGCCGUAACACCAUUCUCAAGUGCAACAACCGCCACCGCAGAAAUAACAACUACCGUAACACCAACCUCAAGUGCAACAACCGCCAUCACAGAAAUAACAACGACCGUAACACCAACAUCAAGUGCAACAACCGCCACCGCAGAAAUAACAACGACCAUAACACCAACAUCAAGUGCAACAACCGCCACCGCAGAAAUAACAACGACCAUAACACCAACAUCAAGUGCAACAACCGCCACCGCAGAAAUAACAACGGCCGUAACACCAUUCUCAAGUGCAACAACCGCCACCGCAGAAAUAACAACUACCGUAACACCAACAUCAAGUGCAACAACCGCCACCGCAGAAAUAACAACGACCGUUACACCAACAUCAAGUGCAACAACCGCCACCGCAGAAAUAACAACGACCGUAACACCAACAUCAAGUGCAACAACCGCCACCGCAGAAAUAACAACGGCCGUAGGACCAACAACAGCGUCUACAACUGUGGGCGUGGUUGCAAGCGACACAACACCUACUACUGGGUAGUGGAGAAGUGUACGUGCAGAUGCAAGGACCCGUCCCGCCCCUCGGACACCAAGCAAGUGAUGGAAGCGGCCCAGGCGAUACAGAAGGAGCUGAAAGUCGAGACAAAGACCUUAAGAAAGUCUGUCCAGAAGAAGACGAGCGCUGAGGACAAGCGGUCUUCCUCCACCAACAUGGGCUAUCUGGCCAUAUCUCUCAUGUGUGUUGUGUUCGGAGCAAUGGUCCUCCCAGACGUGGCGAGUCUGGUCACAGCCGUAUACAACACUAUACGGGGAGCGUGA